UGUCGCUGGAGCGCGAGCAAGCGACGAGCGAGCGAGCGAGCGCGCGCGCGAGAGAGUCCGUGCCGUGCAGUUAGGCGGCGAUGCUCCUUUAAAAAGCGUAGUGUUCUCCGAGUGCGCGAGCGAGUGAGAGCGGGAGGACGCCGCACCGAGAGAGUCGUCGAGAGUGCGGGACGAGCACAAGUGAGGACGGACGCGUUACAAGGUGCCGUGAGUCACACCGCGCGCGCGGCCAACCAGUACCGCGGGCAGUCUCCGUGACGACUUCAGGGUAUUCGCGGCCACGACGACGGGGAUAACCACGUCGACGGACGGGACGACGAGCCGUAGCGGAGGAAGCAUGCCGCCGCCGCGGGUGACGGCGAGCACGGUGCUCUGCGGCCUGCUGGCCCUUUGCAUCGGGUUCACCCACGCAAGCAUCGCGUCGGCUUUCGAGCCUUCGACACCGUCGAGCACCUACGGCAACGAUCAUGGAGCAGCUCCACGGUUGGAUCUGGAGAGUCUCGAGAGCGGAUAUCACGGCCUGGUCAAGGAGAAUGAAACUCUGGUCGAGGUCACGCCACAGAUCCGCGCCCUGGGAACAAAGGUCUGCUCCUUCCGCAUCGCGAACAAGCACCACGGCGAGGCGCCCUUCGAGAUUGUCCUGAAAGAGAAGGGAAUGGCAGAGCUGCGGGCGUUUCGAGUUCUGAAUUGCGAGAAACGCCGUAAUUACAAGUUCGACAUCGCCGCGGUCGGCUGCAACGGAGCGCAAUCCGAGAACGCCACGGUCCACAUCACCGUGGUCGACGUGAACGAGUACGCGCCGCAGUUCCUGCAGCCGGCCUACGUCAGCACGGUGGACGAGGGUCGUCUGUACGAGGAGGUGGUCCGCGUCGAGGCGUCCGACCGAGACUGCACACCCAAGUUCGGCGAUGUGUGCAAGUACGAAAUUCUCACCGCCGAUCAGCCGUUCAUUAUCGACAACGAGGGCGCGAUCCGCAACACCGAACCACUCGACUAUGAACGCUCGCACAAUUACAUCUUGAGCGUGGUCGCGUACGACUGCGGCAUGAAACAAUCGGCACCGGCGAUGGUGACGGUCAAGGUGAACCGCGUGUGCGCUCCCGGAUGGCGCGGUAUCCCCGAGAGAGUCGACUAUGCCGCCGGCGUUGGCUCGCAGCCGCUGCUGCCGUCGGCACGGCUCGACCUUUGCGACGCGCCUUGCAUCUUGCGCAACGUGCGCGCCACCCUCACCCUGGCCACCGAUCACAUCGGCAAGGGUUGCGACCGUGACACCUAUGGAGUACGCAGUCAACGGAAACUGUGCGGUGCGUCCCGGGAUAGCGUGGAUCUGCUGCCCACUCCUGGACCCACGGCUUCCUGGACGGCAACCUUGUCCAGAGAUGAAGGCAGGGAGGCCGAUGAGAUUUUUGAAUUCGACGGUGUGGACUCGGCCGCGAUCGUGCCGAAUGACGUGCUGGAGCACAGUCUGGCGCAGAAGUUUACCAUCGGCGUCUGGGUAAAGCAUCGACCACGUCCACGACAAGACCCGCAUGUCAAGGAACAUAUCCUAUGCGCCGCCGAUGAUCACAAGAUGAAUAGGCACCAUUACGCCCUGUUCAUAAGGAACUGCAGAUUGAUUUUGCUGCUGCGACGUGACUUUUCCGAGGGCGAUCCCAACAUAUUCCGCGCUGCCGAGUGGCGUUGGAAGCUCGGCCAGGUGUGCGACGACAAAUGGCAUCACUACGCAAUACAGGUGGACUUCCCGCGUGUCAGCCUGUACGUCGACGGUGAGGAGUGGCGCGCCGACGAGAAGAAUCCCGAGGUCAUCGAUGACUGGCCGCUGCAUCCGGCCAAGGGCGUCAACACCACUCUGACAGUCGGCGCCUGCUGGCAAGGUUCUGAGAACAAGACCAAACAUCACUUCCGCGGUUAUCUCGCCGGAUUGUCCGUCCUGGUUGGCCGGAAUGAGAAGCCGGAAGUGCUUUCUUGCUUGCGACGUUGCCAGGAGGGCAUUCACGUGCCACCUAUGGAUCUGCUGCAACCGGGCACUCAGCUGCUAACCAAUUCUGAUCUGACCGAGGUGCGCAUCGACGGCGACAAUCGUACGAACGUGGAGACUCUGCUGCGCCGCAUCGGCUACUCAAAUUCCAGGCGUUUCCCGACUCCCGGUCGCCGUAACUUCCGCCUCGAUACGACGAUUGUUUGUGAGGGCAGCGAGAACACACCGCUGCCGGUGCCGACUGUGCAGUCCUACGUCACCGUACUUCCGCCACCACGGCCAGGCAUCACCGUCAAUGGCACCGGCUACGUCGCCCGAGAGUAUGCAGACUUCCGGCUCGGAGUACGUGUGUUCCCCGACGCGCGUGUCACCGCCGGAUCAGCUGCACGAUUGGACGCCUGCGCCGUCAGCGUGUAUCCGAGCCUCAAUCCCGAUCACGAGAGCUUGGGCUUGCCCGGCGAUGCACUGCUUGCGUUCCACGAUAUCACCGCCCGCGUCGAUCGCGACGGCGUCGUUCUUUCGGGUGCAGAUUCGCCCUACAAUUAUCAGCAGCUCAUCCGCCUCAUCAUGUACACGAACCGCAAGCCGGCUUACUAUCUCGAUCGAGUCUUCAAGCUCACUUGUUCCGAACUGAGCGGCCGUUUCGCCAGCAAUGAAUACGUACAGACGCUAGCAGUGAUCCAUCCGAAGGAAAAGACGACCGUCCUGCCUCAUACGACACCCGGAGGACCGCCCAUUGCCAGAAUCGUCGAGCCGGCGCCGGGUCACGCACAGCUGUCGCCGCAUCACGCCGAUCUCACGGAGGAAUACGCCACGGCUGCACUUCGCGAGGGCAACAGAUCCGUUGGCGCCGGCAGCAGCCACGCCGUCACUAUCGUCGCUGCCGCCUGCAUCGGCUUUCUGCUGCUGAUGGCGGUAGUAGGUGCGGCGCGAGUCCGCGGAGCGGCCAAGCGACGACGAUCUGCCGGUGACGAGCUCGCCGCCGAGACGGAGAUGGCCUGGGACGACUCGGCCCUCGCCAUCACCGUGAACCCGAUGGACAGGCUGACGGAGCAGGACCAGCAUCACCAGAAUCAGCGGGACGAGGAUGCAGACGAUUCCGGUAGCUCCGACUCCGAGGAUGGCUCGUUCCGGGACGACGAUCUCGACAGCUCCGACUGCGAGAACGACUGCGAGCUGAGCAACGGUCGGCAUCGCCGUCACAACUCGCCGCACGAUCUCGAGUGGGAUCAUCGUGACGUUUAAAUUGCGAUCUAAUCCUGACAACAUGAGCAUUCGCAUCCCCCUUUCUUCGCGUGGUACUGAGAGGAGUACUGGCCGCGUGCCGCUUCUUUCCGCAAGAUCGUUGUAACACUCUGUUGUUCUCGUCGUAUUCGCCUCGGCGUGUGCUCGUGCGCGCGCGCGCGCGACGCGUCUACCGAGAACGUUUCGGGAAGCAUUCCGCGAACGGGAGAAUCCCCCCCGCGAGACUAUCGAUGGCUCUUCGCGAGAUUGCUCCGCGGGAGUAAUCAAGAUUUCGGAUCAUCGUAUCUACAAUCCGCGUCCGUAAGAUCGAUUUCACGGAAUCCUAUUCUUGUGCACGUCAGAUAUCACGACGAGUUGCUCGUCGAUAGAUUAGAGAAAAUCUUCGGCUAUAGAAUAAUAAGAUUUUAAACGUUCUAAGCUCUGCUCCGCACCCGCCCGAUUCUCUAAACGAUUACCGUAUCCCUGUAUUGACCGCGCGAGAGCGUCAUCAUGUCACAUCCGUCCCCUCCCCCUCCGUAGAUGACAUCGGCAUAUAAUGAAAUUGAAAGGGUGAAACGAAUAAAACACGGCAUUCAGUUAGUACUCGUCUUAAGCGCCUUAAAGGAAAAAAAAACCCUGUAAGAGUGCGGGACGCUUUAUUGAAUAGUUAACUCUUUCUACCUACAAACACACGUCGCUGAUGUUUGGUAGAAUCGGAGAUACACGCAAGAGAUACUUAAACACCCCGCCUCUGGUGUGGGAAUAUUUACGACAGUUAUUAAUUUAUAUUCUCGACUCAUCAUUGUGGUAGUAGUAGGACAAGGGGGCUUUUUCUUUUUAUACUCCUAACUAUCUCUCCUCCUUUUUACUCUAUCCUUACGGUUAUCGCUAUUUUACUCGUACUAACGCUACGCGACUAUAUCCGCCAUUUUACUCAAGCAAUUCGAUUUCAUUAUUAUUGUCAUCGUCAUUAUUAUUAUUAUUACUAUUAUUAUAAUUAUUAUUGUUAUUAUAGGCAGGACGGCCCGGUAGCCUAGUUUUAAAUGCGAAACAGCGCUUGUGAGCCGGCUCUACAUUCUUCCUCGUCUUCUCGACUAAAAAUAACUUUCUUAUCUAGGGCUCACACGUAUUUGAUCUCAUGAAUAUAAUUCAAUCAUAAUAAUCGUGUCUUUCGUAUUUCGAUGAAAAGCGCUCGCUUUACGAGUUGGUUGCAACUAAACCGGCGGCAGAACGCGCGUGGUGACGAAGAGACGAGCCAAAUGGGCCUGUCGCUUCGUAGCGUAGCACGCGAAUCGGGCUGAGCCUGGGCCAUAACGAUAUACUUGCCCGAGAUACUUUCCAUAUUUUAUUUUUAAGUCGUUACGAUCGUUUCUUGCACAAUGUUCCUUCCUGAUCGAUUUGCGGAGGAAUGAGAAGGGCAAACAGUAGCGAGAACAUUGCCACGCGUCUUACGAUAGUGCUUCAACGUUAAAAUAAUCGGUAUAGCGUCAUAUCCGUUUAUGUGUGUGCGCGUGUUCACAUAAGUAUAUCGGUACGGCGAAGCGGCCGCUCAAAGCCGCACCGCGUGGCCAUUAGUCCGCGAACGCUUCGAGAGAAUUAAAUAUUUGACGAGGGUACAAUUCUACGCGCGCACGCGCGCGAACGCUUCACGUGUUACGUAAUUUUUCCCGAUAUAAAUAUUCGUUUCUAAUUAAUUGAAAUUAUUUAGCACGUGAAGAGAAUCGACAUGCGCUGCGAAUUGUUUCCUCUUUGUCAAAAAAUCUGUCGAUUCUCUGCAAGCGUUCGCGACUUAACGGCACAGGUAUCGUAUCGCGGCUAUAUGUGCGCGAGGACACGCAUGUGUUCUACACAUACAUGCAUACAUACGUAUAUACAUACAUGCAUUACAUUACAUUACAUUACAUUACAUUACGUAUAAUACAUGCAUACAUGCAUACAUACAACGUCCACUCAUUAUUCCGCGGCGAGAGAGUCUCCUCUCGCACUAGAAUAAUCGUCUACCACUGUAGACGAUUAUUCUAAAGUAAUGCGCAGCGGCUGGAGGAGCCAUCGAGCGUGCUCUUUAUCUCGUUUAUUUUCCCCGACGCGAGACGCGUCGUAUAUUGUGCAAUGUUCUUUUCAUGGACAUAACUAAUUUUUACGUGCCUUUUAAGCAAUAUUACGUUAAAUUUUCCUUGGCAUAUUUUAAUAGCGCAUCUCAAGCGUGUUCUUUCGUUAAAGUGGACUCGGUUGGAAUUGUCCUGACGGGACCCAUUCUUUCCAUCGUUAUCGGGGACCUCUCGCAAAUCGCUGGUAGACAAUCGGCAUACCGCGUUAAGCGAUAUCCACUGCGAGCGUGUAGUCGUCGCUGCGCGAUCGUGAUUUCAGCUGUUGUCGCCGUGUCCGAGGCAGGCGCUAUUGCGAAAAGCUCCCCGGAUUGUAUUUUAGACCAUUUACCGUUGACGGUAGCGUUGUUAGGUGUUAAGAAUCGAACGCGUCCGUCGGCACGACGCGACACGACGCCGUUGUCCGGCAAGGACUGUCAUGAGCCGCGACGGACAAUGGCUGUCGAUGGUCCCGUGUCGGAAAACGCGUCACACGUGCAAUGAUCCCAUUGUAGGGUACAUUAAACUCUCUCUUUCGUCGAAACGGUGACACGACGACUGCGCAUUCAAUAUUCAUCGCUCGCCGCGAAACAAUGAACGGAUUAUCGUAUAUGUAUAUGCGUGCGUGUGCGUAGGUAUGUGCGUGUAUGCGUGUGUGAUGCGUGGCACGUAUGUCUGCGCUGCGUAAAUCUAGAAAUUGUACCGAAUCGUUCGGCGGAGGCACCUAAGUACCGAGGAACUCGUUGUACGAAUAUAUAUCUAUAUUCAUAUAGGGAGACUAUAACUCGAAACAAUUUAUUUUUCCAACGAGCAUAUCAUAUCAUUUUUAUAAGGGGAUUCGUCGGAAGCACGUUUUUUCUCGGGAUGCCCUUCGUCAACGAACGGUCCCGCAUGAAUCGCGGUCGCGAAACGUUACGUGCCGCACGCAAUUUCUUUCUCGUUUGUCGGGCCUCGAGGGGAUAGAUUUCUUCAGUUCUUAUCUCCGUCCUCCGACGGGCGAGCAGCUACUCUAUAUAGAACGACGAUGCUACCCUCUCUUACGCAUUUCUCCGACUCGCGCGGAAACAGAUACUUCGAUCGUGAUUCAGAUCGUUGCGAAUGAGAAAAGCGGAGGUCGAUUACUAUUGAAAAGGAAGAAAAAUAAGAGAGAGAGACAUGUAUGAUCAUUUAUCUGUUCCUGAUAACACCAGAUCGCAUGUAUCGCAUAUAUACUUAUAUACGUAAAAUACCGAUGUGUACGCUUGCUUUUGUACCGUCUUUUUCUUUUUUUUUCAGCGUUUUCCUAACGAUUUAUCGCAACGCGAGUCUUUUAUCGUAAUGUAAUCUCGUAUUUUAUAAAGAUCGUGUAACGACGUGCGAAGACGCUAAGAUCAACCAGGGAGGCGACUCGCGACUGCCUCCACCGCGGCAGGUCGAAGUCGAGGAAGCUGAUCUGGCUUUUAUGAUUGUCUAAAUUAGCUUAUGUAAAUGUACACACGCGUUUCUAUGCUUGAUCCACGAGCACGAGCACGAGUUCGUCAAGUGCACGGCAAAUGAUGGUAGCGGUUUGCGAGACGUGGGAAGAUUCCUAUUUCGUUUCGGUCGUCGUACACGCGAUGAUAACGUAGUACUCGACACACAUGCAGAUGACACAUGUACACCCCCUUAACGCGUCGCACGAUAUCUUUGUAACGAAGUCGACGGGGCGCCGUGAGAAAGUCGGAACGUGAGGGAUGUCUCGCGGAGAACAAUUUUCUUCGCCAACCAUGCGUGCAUGCGAGGUAUCUCUUCUUUGCUCGAUAAUUACUUCGUUCAUUACUCUUGCUUCGAUUUUUAUCCUUCGAAGAUUUAUUGCGUUCUUUCCUCGCAAGAUUUUGUUUGCUCGAACGGGCGAUUCCCGUGUUUGUUCUUGGUACACAGGCAGUUUGAUAACAGCGAUAACGAACGCAAUUUAACACCUGAUAACAGUGUAUCUAAGUCUCGUCUGUAAAUUGAACCGCCUUCUCUUGAGACUUGAAAUUAAGUUUGAGAAAUGCGAAAUAAGAGAAAUAAGAGGUGCUCCAUGCGCGCGCUCGUGCGAGCUUCUCUCUUCGCUGCGCUCCGAGCGAACCAAAAGUCUCUUUCAAUCGGUAUUCGAGAAAUCCGUAAGCUGGAAAAGCGACUCGCGACACGUGAACCCACUCGGGUGCUCGUGUCCGUUCUAAAGCUGUACUUACUUAUUAAUCGGCAGGAAAGGAAAGGGAGAACUAUGCAGAACAAAAAAAACCAACUAGAUGAUACUACUAUAUAUAUAUAUAUAAAAGUAUAUAUAUAUAUAUAUAUAUAAAUACAUAAAAAGAAUAUAUCUAAGCCGUUUGCAAAUGAUGAUAUAGAAAAGGGGAAAGAGGGGAGAGAAGGGAAAGAGGUAUGAAUUUGUAAUGUACUAAUGUAUUUUGUAGACAGCUAGCGUGUACGUAUGCAUAUGCACAGGUACCCCCUGCCCCUCCCCCUUCGUGUAUGUAUGUAUGUCUACGUAUGCAAAUAUACAUACUACCCCCUGCCCCCGCCCCCGCCCCGCUCCGUCUCGUCUCUCUCACUUAACACAUACACACAGAUACACGCGCAUACACACGUACCGUUUGCCUAAAACGGACAGAGGAAUAUUUUAGACUUUGAGAAAAGAGAACUCGGAGUAGUCGGGGGGGGGGGGGGGUUGUAACGCGCGGAUUACGUUUCCCGGUUUUUCGAAGGAAGGAAGUAAGUCACCCCCUCGUCACUACCCCGAACGAGGCGGCAAGGGGGCAUCAUUCGGGAGCGUACAUUACACGUCAGCCACCGGCGCGUAUCGACUUUUACACACGUGCGCGCGCACACACACACACACACACACACACACACACACAGAGGUAUUCACCUAAUCACACAGUGGAACCGUACAUGCUAGACCCGCGUGCCCGCGCGCGCGCGUAAAUCGGGAAAUUAUAACGCUUCGGGGAGCAAAAUCGCUCGUGCCAUUCCGAGCCGUGUCUGAGCUUCCACCUUGCUUGAUCUUGUUGAAGCGAGAAGGUCCAGUAAAACAAUGUAAAACUGUUGCGAAUACGCAUUCUACAGCAUUUUAAAAUGACAGCGAUGCGUCAAGAGCGUGUAUCCGCAUGAUGGAACGAGAACGCUCGUUAAUGAAAUUUGAUUGAAUUUUUGAUUGAUCUGCAGUCACACAAGUUUGGACCGAUCCGGCUAUAAUUGGCGUACUGAUAGAUCUCGACGAGACGAGACGAGCCUGAUUCUCGAGAGCACGGGUUUCGUUAACGAGAUUGCCAUGUGUAUUCUCGUAAUCGAUUUGCUCGGAUCUCUCGGUAAGAUAUCGCAAUUAAAUGCUCAAAACGCGGUUAAACGCAAAAAAA